UGGAGUGAAGUUGAUCACGAGGAAACGUCAAUUCCGAUUUGAAUUACGAAAACAAUUGAAAUUGUUCAAUAUGACUCUGAUGAAUAGGCGAUCGUUCAAAUACGGAAUUCCGUUCCUGCUUGCGAUUGUCGGCGGUUCCUUCGGCCUCAAGGAGUUCGCUCAGCUCAGGUACACAUUCUCGAAGAAGUCGACGGUGAAGGAGGACAUCAAGAGGAGCGGUAUGGAGGUGAAGGAUCAGAAGGAGAGUUCCAUAGAGAAGCAGUACGAGAAGCUGAAGGAUAUGGAUUUGGAUAAUUGGGAGCAGGUGCGGGGUCCGCGACCCUGGGAGGAAAAAGCGUCUGCAUAGAUAUUGCCAGACGCAGGCAUUGCUUGCUCACUCACUAGUCUAGUAUGUAUAAUAAUAUAUUUAAAAAAAAUAUAAUAAUAAAUGAUACACGGUGAGAGGACUGCAACAAAAAAAAACAACAACAAACAAAACCCCAAUUUUAGAUAUUACAAAUGUUUCUCUCUACAGUCCACGUUCAUCCAUAGCAAACA